AUGACCCAAGAACAAGUCGCUACGGCCCCUGCGGCCACACCGCAGCCACAGCAUGACCCCUCCCACGAGGAGCACCAAUACCUCAACUUGAUCCGCGAUAUUCUAGCCCAAGGCGAGUUCCGCCCCGACAGAACAGGCACAGGCACCAAGAGCAUUUUUGCCCCUCCAGCACUCCGAUUUUCUCUCUCAAAACCCAACCCAGAAGGCGGCGCCCCGAUCCCCGUGCUGCCACUCCUCACCACAAAGCGCGUCUUCAUGCGCGCCGUUCUUGCCGAGCUCCUCUGGUUUAUCGCGGGUACCACCUCCUCAUUACCCCUCUCUGAAGCCGGCAUCAAGAUCUGGGAUGGUAAUGGAAGCCGCGAGUACCUCGAUAAGGUUGGUCUCGGACAUCGCGAAGAAGGCGAUCUCGGCCCCGUGUAUGGAUUUCAGUGGCGACACUUUGGCGCCGAGUACGUCGAUGCCAAGACGGAUUACACAGGCCAGGGAGUGGACCAGCUCAAGGAUAUUGUGGACAAGAUUAUGAAUUCACCUUUUGAUCGCCGGAUCAUCAUGAGUGCUUGGAACCCUGCGGAUUUGAAGAAGAUGGCUCUUCCGCCAUGUCAUAUGUUUGCGCAGUUUUACGUCUCUUUCCCGCCGGGUAUGAAGCUUGAUGAGAAUGGUCGCCCUGAUGCGAAGGGAACCCUUUCUUGUCUUCUUUACCAGCGCUCUUGUGAUAUGGGGUUGGGCGUUCCGUUCAACAUCGCUUCUUAUGCUCUUCUCACUCACAUUCUUGCUCAUGCUGCGGACUUGAACCCGGGCACUCUGGUUCACACUAUGGGUGAUGCUCAUAUCUACUUGGAUCACAUCGAUGCGCUAAACGAGCAGUUGACUCGUGAGCCUGUUGAGUUCCCUGAGUUGCGUAUCAAGCGUAAUGACCGUGGCAGUGCUGUUAUUGACGGCUGGAAGGAGGAUGAAUUUGAGGUGAUUGGCUACAAGCCUCACAAGACCAUCAAGAUGAAAAUGAGUGUUUAG